AUGGCGGCAUCAGAAGGGAAAGUCAAAUAUGCAUCACUUUCCAGUCUGGAAAAAGAGAACAGCAAAUUUACCUAUGUAGAUGACUUUGAUGAUACUGAUUGGAAUGCGCAGGGACAGAAUCUCAGUGGCCCUAAUGAAAAAGUAUCAUACCCAUUCCCUGUUGACACAGAAGAUUUUACAGAGGGAGGGUACGACUCUGGGGAGGAUCAGUACACCCCCCUGCCUAGAAACGGCCGCCCGCCCGAGGUGAACCUGAAAAACGUUAUGAGUGGUAUAUUUGCUAUUCUGACUGGGCGAAACAAGCACAACUCUGGUUUUGGUACUCUUCCGCAGCUGCCGAGCUCGAAUGUGUCGUUUCUUGGAUCUGCAAAGAAUGGUGAGACGUUUGUGCACUCUUCGGUUUACAUUCCUAGCGCCCCGCCCCUCCUUGAGCCGAACACAUUUAACUAUAAUGCUUUCAAAGAAGUUUUGGAAGCUGAGCCGCCCGAAUGGCUUCCGGACAGCUCAACUACCGUCUGCAUGCAGUGCAAUGCUCCCUUUACGGCCUUCACUCGUGGAAGGCACCACUGCCGAUUUUGCGGGGGCAUCUUUUGUAGGGUUUGUUCAAAAGGGAGGUGUUUGCUUCCCGCUAAAUUUAGGGAAAGAGACCCGCAGAGGGUGUGCGACACCUGCUACGAUAGGCUUGAUCCUCUUCAGAGUGUGCUGGUCAAUACCAUCAGCAAUGCCGUGCAGGUUGCGAAGCAUGAUGUGAUGGAUUGGACUUGUUUAAGAGGGUGGUUGAAUCUACCUGUGGGACUGUCCAUGGAGCAUGAAAUAUACAAGGCAUCCGUCACGUUGAGAAGCUACAGCCAGGUAGCUAGGUUGAACCCUGAGAAGUCCAUACCUGCUGCCGUUUUGAAAGGAGCGAGAGGUUUAGCCAUUCUAACUGUUGUUAAAGCUGGUGUGCUACUUGCUUAUAAAGUUGGAACUGGAUUGGUUGUUGCGCGAAAGGCUGAUGGGUCGUGGUCUGCUCCAUCUGCGAUUCUCUCGUUAGGACUGGGUUGGGGUGCUCAGGUUGGGGGUGAACUCAUGGAUUUCAUAAUUGUGUUGCAUGAUGCAAAUGCUGUGAAAACAUUCUGCAGCCGAAUGCAUUUUUCUCUUGGUGCCGGUUGCAGUGCUGCAGCUGGACCAGUUGGGAGAGUUGUGGAGGCAGAUUUGCGAGCUGGAGAAAAGGGCUCUGGCAUGUGUUACACUUACAGUUGCAGCAAAGGUGCAUUUGUUGGAGUCUCAUUGGAAGGAAAUGUUGUUGCCACAAGAAUGGACACAAAUCUUCGUUUUUAUGGAGAUCCAUACCUAACUACAGCCGAUAUUCUUCUUGGGACUGUUGAAAGACCAAAGGCUGCUGACCUUCUCUACUCUGCUCUCAGAGAGCUCUACUCCAAAUUGUGA